AUGCGGCACUCCUACGGUAAGCCUAACGGAACCUGCGCUCGUGUUCGCAUUGGCCAGAUUCUCUUGUCGAUGCGCACGAAGGAGGGUUACAUUCCACAGGCGCUGGAGGCUCUCCGCCGCGCCAAGAUGAAGUUCCCCGGCCGCCAGAUCGUUGUCAUGUCCAAGUACUGGGGCUUCACGAACAUUCUCCGCUCCCAGUACGAGGAGCUGCGCGAUGCCGGCAAGCUGCAGCAGCGUGGCAUCCACGUCAAGCUCAUCACGCCCAAGGGCAAGAUUACGCAGCACAACCUGAUGGCGUGA